CUUCAAAAUGACACAAUUACAACAGACUCAGACGAAAAUUUGGGCAUGACCCAGGUUGAAGUUAACCAGUCGGCGGAGAAUCAACACCUCCAGACACAUGCAUUGAUAGCGAGCGAGAGAGAGGCUGUGUUACGACAAUUGUUGUUACUUUCCUGGGGAGGAUUUCUCGCCGCCACAUCAAUCAUCAUCAGCAUGUCCGAGAAAUAA